AAGUAGUAGAAAAAGUAAAAUAAAGCUUUAAAAGCAUAGUUUUCAAAAGAACAGUGUCUCUUAGCUGUGAUUAUUGUAACAAAUCCUUUUCAAACUAAUACAAAGACUUUAUAAAGGAUACUUGGUUUCACAGUAAAUUGUUGUUACAAAGUAUUUUAGAAUUCAAGCCAAAGUUUUUAUUGUUAAUUUGUUUAACUGUAUAUUUGCUCCCAGAUAUGAGUCACCACAUCGCAUAUUUCUUAUCUCCAGCUGAUAAAUGAUAUCAAGUUAUUUUGAAGGGCACUUUGGAGACACCACCUUGAUUUGUUGUAUUUAAGGGCUGGACUCAGCGACUGGAACUACAUUCUUCUGAGUUCAACACUGAAGUAACACAAUGAAGUGGCUCGUGGUCCUGUCAGCCCUCGUGGCUUUCUCCGAAUGCUUCCAUAAGAUUCCCCUGAUCAAGGGAAAGACUGCCAGGCAAAACCUGCAGGAGAAAGGACUAUGGGAGAAGUACAGGAAGGAGCAUCCAUACAACCCCAUGGUAAAGUUUAUCCAGGGUGGUUCUGAGCCCAUGACCAACGAUGCUGACUUGUCCUACUAUGGUGUGGUCUCCAUUGGCACCCCUCCUCAGUCCUUCAGCGUCAUCUUUGACACCGGCUCCUCCAACCUGUGGAUCCCUUCAGUCUACUGCUCCAGCCAGGCCUGCGAGAACCACAGGAAAUUCAACCCACAGCAGUCCAGCACCUUCAAAUGGGGCAACCAGGGUCUGUCCAUCCAGUAUGGCACCGGCAGCAUGACUGGAUAUCUGGCUAUUGACAAUGUUGAGGUGGGCGGCAUCACAGUGUCCAAGCAGGUGUUUGGAAUUAGCCAAACAGAGGCUCCCUUCAUGGCUCACAUGACAGCCGAUGGUAUCCUGGGAUUGGCCUUCCAGACCAUUGCUUCUGACAACGUCGUGCCUGUCUUUGACAUGAUGGUCAACGAGGGACUGGUGUCUCAGGCCUUGUUCUCCGUCUACCUGAGCAGCAACAGUGAGCAGGGCAGUGAGGUGGUCUUCGGUGGUGUUGACAGCAGCCACUACACUGGACAAAUAUCUUGGGUCCCUCUGAGCUCUGCCACCUACUGGCAGAUCAAAAUGGACAGUGUUACCAUCAAUGGACAGUCUGUGGCCUGCGCUGGUGGCUGCCAGGCCAUCAUUGACACUGGUACUUCCCUGAUUGUUGGCCCAACCAGUGACAUCAACAACAUGAACUCCUGGGUUGGAGCCUCAACCGACGAGUAUGGAGAUGCUACAGUGAACUGCCAGAACAUCCAGAACAUGCCUGAAGUCACCUUCACUCUCGGCGGAAAGGCCUUCACCAUCCCUGCAUCUGCCUACGUCUCACAGAGCUCCUACGGCUGCAGCACUGGCUUUGGCCAGGGUGGCUCUCAACAGCUCUGGAUCCUGGGUGAUGUCUUCAUCAGGGAGUUCUACGUCAUCUUUAACACACAGUCUCAGACUAUUGGCCUGGCCAAGUCUGUGUAA